AUGAGGUGGUAUACGCGCCGUCGCUCUCGGACUGUCUGUCUAUCGCUGGUCGUUGCCUCCCUCUCUCUCCAUCUCCUCCUCACCGUACUAUCUCGCUCCGUCUACCAGAACCACUGUGAUGCCCCCUCCCCUCGUCAGACACACCUCAACACACUCCGAGCCCUGGUGGAUACCAACUAUACCUCCAGGAUGUUGGACAACUACGCCACCUAUGCCAAGACACCCCCGGACACCAGAAAAGUGAACUCUUCCCAUAUGGACAGCAAUGGCACUCAAGAAAUGUCCGAAAAGGACGCUGUCACAACCAAAAUGGCCGUCAAGGUAGGUCAUGGACAUAAGGAGGAAGGGCCUGUAGACUCACUCACCAUGACGGUAAGGGUAGGAAAAUUUGGCUCGAUGGGGAUUAAGCCUAUGGGAUCCGGGAUGUCGAAAUUAGAGGCUCUUUUUAGCCACCCGCUCUACAACAUGCCAACCCCGCCCAUCCCUGAAGAUGAUUGGCUGCUGAAGGUGAAGCCCAAAGGGAAGGCGGGCGAGAUGAGCACUCAGAUGUGCCCAUUGGAACAGGAGUGUGACAGCCACCCCCUGGCUGAGGUUCCAUCUCCUCCCGUGUGGCUGCAGAAGUCUGGAGGGACACAGCUCAAACUGGUGAUGUCAUUUCCUAACUACGGACAGGCCAUCCUCAAACCAAUGAAACAAGAGCGUGAUGAGGAGACCAACUUCAACCUCUACUACUUCUCUGACUUUGAGAGACACAACGCAGAGAUCGCUGCUUUUCACCUGGACAGGGUGUUGGGUUACAGGCGGAUCCCCCCAGCCAUUGGGAGGCUGGUUGACGUGGUAACAGAGAUCAAAGACAUCACCACUGACCACAAACUGGCCCGGACCUUCUUCACCUCUCCUGUGAAUAAUGUGUGUUUCUAUGGCCAGUGUUCCUACUACUGCAGUACGGAGCACGCUGUGUGUGGUCGACCCCAGAACCUUGAGGCCUCCCUGGCCAUGAUGCUGCCGGACACCUCCUUGGCUACCAGACGUAGCUGGAGGUCUCCCUGGAAACGCUCCUACAGCCGCAGCAAACUGGCAGUGUGGGAGAAAGACCCAGACUACUGUGACACAGUGAAGAAGACCCCACCAUACAACAAGGGAACCAGACUGGUGGACCUGAUAGACAUGACAAUACUAGACUUCCUCAUGGGUAAUAUGGACCGACACCACUAUGAGACGUUUGAGAAGUUUGGCAACAACACUUUCCUUCUGCACUUAGACAAUGGGAGGGCGUUUGGACGUCACUCUACAGAUGAACCCUCUAUCCUGACACCUCUGGAGCAGUGCUGCAGGAUCCGUCGCUCCACCCUCCUACAUCUCCGUCUCCUCUCCCUGCCCCAGUACCGUCUCAGUGAUGUCAUGAGGGAGUCCCUUUCCCAUGAUCCUCUAUUCUCCGUGGCCCCCCUCCUCUCAGAGCUGCACCUCUCUGCCCUGGACCGUCGCCUAGUGACCGUGCUCCAAACCGUGAGCCGUUGCCAGGAGCGACAACGUAGUCGCCAUGGAGAAGGCGACGAUGAUGUCAUCUAUGAUGAUGUCACUGAUUAUAAGACUUUGGUUAAACACGUGACACCUGCAGGGUAGUGUGGUCACGCCCCCUCGACAACAGCAUUUCAACCGUCUGAAGAAAUUAUGUCAUGGCGCAUCACCAUGGUGAUGAUGAUUUGUGUGUGACAUCAUUGCAUCAGCAAGUCACAAGAGUGACAUAAUUACAUUUAGAGUU